AUGGUGACGGUCGGCAAGUCGCACCCGGGUGCUGACCCCGUCCACCCUCUCCCCACCUCACCUGAUCCGGUCGGCGCCAACUCCCCGCCAUCAAAGCGAGAUUUAGCGUCAUGGUGGAAGCAGUUCAAACGGAGCACCAGAAAAGAUGAAUUGAAAGUAGAAACACCCCGCGGCAUCUUCGGCGUUCCGCUCAAUGUCAGCAUCAAGUAUGCCAAUGUGGCAAUCUCCUUGACCAACGAUCAUGGUCAGAGCUCCAUUUAUGGAUACGUCCCCAUUGUUGUUGCGAAGUGUGGAGUUUUCCUAAAAGAGAAAGCAACGGACGUUGAGGGCAUCUUUCGUCUUAACGGAUCAGCCAAACGUAUUAAGGACCUUCAGGAGGUCUUCGAUUCCCCCGAGCGAUAUGGCAAAGGACUCGACUGGUCCGGCUACACCGUCCACGACGCAGCAAACGUACUUCGCCGAUACCUGAACCAGCUGCCUGAGCCCAUCGUACCAUUGGAGUUCUAUGAGCGCUUCCGUGAACCCCUACGUAUCUACCAGCGACAAGUCCUAGAAGACAAGGACACGGCCGAUGCCGAGAAGUUCGACCACGCAAAGGCUGUUGAGACAUACCAGAACCUCAUCAUCGAGCUGCCCCCGUUGAACAAGCAACUCCUCCUCUAUAUCCUCGAUCUUCUCGCGGUUUUUGCCUCAAAAUCCGAUCAGAAUCGCAUGCCGUCGGCUAAUCUGUCCGCGAUCUUCCAACCAGGCAUGCUGUCUCACCCCCAGCACGAUAUGUCGCCAGAGGAAUAUAAGUUGAGUCAGGAUGUGUUGAUCUUCCUGAUUGAGAAUCAGGACCACUUCCUGUUCGGCAUGAGUGGUACAGCUGCCGAUGAGCAGACCAUGAAAGAGGUCGAGGGAGGCAUUCCACGACCCGCAUCUCACCAGACCGUCCGACGAUCAGUAUCCAACGCCAGUGCGAACACCGAAAGCCAUCGCAAGUUGGACAGCAUUCGUCGAAAUGUCUCCGUUUCGUCGCGCAACUCCCGUCAUUCGAACAACACUCAGAGCCCAGUAACUCCCACCUCAAUCACCGCUGGUGGUGGUAGUGGAGGUGGUGUCCACCGAAGCAACACUCUGCCCUCGAAGAUGGGCCCCGUUUUGACUUCUGCUCGUUAUUCACGAGCCAACGACACAAGCUCGAACAACCUUUCCAGCCUCGCUGUUUCCCAUCAGAGCUCUCAGUCGACGAGCCGGACGCCAUCGGUGCGUGAAGAGCCUGAGCAGCCUCAGCCGAUCCCUGAGUCUGUCUCCCAUUCGGCUCCUCGGUCAGUCCUCGAACAGACUUCUGAGAAGCGUCCUGAGCAACGCCCUGAGCAGCGGACCCCUAGCCAGUCAACUAGCUCAUUGACUCCAGGCGGCGCCUAUGUGCACACGUCAACCCAUGGCCCAUUGCCUCCGGCAACUGCAGAACGUCUUAGUCUUAACGAAACUGCCAGGCCGCAUGAGAAUAGCAACGCAUCGGUCCCCUCACCCUCUGUCGCUUCACCCCCACAGGUUGUCACCCCGAGCCGUGAGCGCAAGCUUUCAAAUUUCUUCACCAAGUCACCUCCAGGUGAUAGUGAACUAAGAGAACCACGGCAACCCAAUCGCUUGAAGAAGAAGCGCAUCCCCGGUAGUGCGAGCAUAAGCGCACAAAGCUCGACCAACUCACUCCACGCCUCGAGUUUAGACCCCAGUGCGGAUCUCGAACCUAGGCACGACAACCGGUCUGUGGAAGCUGCUGUUGGCGACACCACUCCGAGACCGCCAAAUGCCGCGACACUCGGCAACCGAGAAAAUCCUUUUGACUCGAAUCCGGCUCUCACAGAGAGUACUUCGCAGCCUCACACUGACCACUCUCUGCGACCUAAAAAGUCGCGCACACCCUCCAUGAAUUCGCGUUCAUCAUUCACCGAUCAGUCUGACAUGGAUCAGCCUGAUGAUGCCUCUCGCCAUGAAAAUCGUCGUAGUUGGCGGUUCCAUCGGUCGUCCAAGCGCACCAGCGAACAACUUGGGCUAGGUUUCGCGUCUCCACCCCUGUUGGCGACGAAUCCCCGAGCCGAACAAAGCACCAGUUCAAUCGGCAGCGGUCACUAUCAAAGCACGGACCUCUCUAGCCACCCACUGAGCUUGGAUGCUGGCGUUCAAGGCACUUCGUCCACAGGAUCCGAGCACGAGAAGAAGAGUUUGUUCGGAAAGUUCAAGGCGAAGGUUGCCCAGGUUGUUAAGGAUGAUCGUGAGCGCACAAAGAGCCCCACCCGGUCGGAGGAUGACCCUACCCUCACCACCCAGUCCCUUUCUCCCAUUCCCACAGAGUCGACAAAUGGCAACCCUGCCCCAGUCGAUGUGCCACGGGAACAGCCCAAGGAAGAGCAUACGCGUUCUCCCGUGUCCCCCCUGCCUGGCGCUGGCCUUCCUCCCUCUAUCCCCGAAGAGCCGCAUACUCCCGAGACGUCUACGGCCGACGCUGCCGUUGAAGAAAAGACGUUCGCUCAGCUCCCCGCUACCGAGCCCGUACUUUCACCGGAGCCAACAGUGUCCCAUGAAAUCCCGAAAGAGACCGCAGGACCGUCUACCUCGGCUGCUUGA